GGAGUCUAAUUUUUGCUCGAUUCUGUGCUCUAACGUUGGUUCCACAUUAUCCCCACAAGUUUAGAUCACUUCAAUCGUGAAAUAUUGUCCUAGCGAGCCACGUGCGCUGUCCCUCGCAAGAAACUUGCCCAAAACAGCAUCCAGAAUGAACAAGCUCUCUGAUUGGCCGAGAGGCCUUGUCGGGAAGGAAGUUUCGCCACUCGCGCUGAGGCAGUUGGUCGUCAGGAGUCGAGGUGUGUUGCUGUUUGCUAGCUCUCUCGUUUUAUUGUCCCAACGUUUCGGAAUGGCCCGUACGAAGCAGACCGCCCGCAAGAGCACGGGAGGAAAAGCACCGCGCAAGCAGCUGGCUACGAAGGCCGCCCGGAAGAGUGCUCCUGCAACCGGUGGAGUCAAGAAGCCGCAUCGCUACAGGCCGGGCACGGUCGCGCUGCGUGAGAUUCGUCGUUACCAGAAGUCGACUGAGCUGCUCAUCCGCAAGCUGCCCUUCCAGAGGCUAGUGCGGGAGAUCGCGCAAGAUUUCAAGACGGACCUCCGCUUCCAGAGCUCGGCUGUAAUGGCCCUGCAGGAGGCCAGCGAGGCCUACUUGGUCGGUCUCUUCGAAGACACCAACCUCUGUGCCAUCCACGCCAAGCGGGUAACCAUCAUGCCUAAGGACAUCCAGCUGGCUCGUCGCAUCCGCGGUGAACGCGCUUAAUGUCGCUUCUUUGGAAGCGGCAGGCAACGCCACAAAAACGGCCCUCUUCAGGGCCACAUCAGACAUGCUUUUCGGACAUGUGUAAAGCGACGUCCUCCCGUGUCUCAAUCUCCGAUGCUGACUUGUUCCAAGUGCAGGAGUUCAAAAGCUGUGAGUACUUUCUAUUUAUUCUCCCAUUUUGAACUAGUUUGCAUUGUGCCAAGUGCUCCGUUCGCAGUUGCUUCCAACGAUUCCUUCAUGUGUUCCUUGUUUUCUAAAGUGUUGUUGAAUGAAAUAAAUAAAGAAGAAAAAAACCUUUCCCGAGAC